GUGACCAUGGAGGAAGAAGAUGAGUCUCGAGGGAAGACGGAGGAGUCGGGCGAGGAUAGGGGCGAUGGCCCGCCGGACAGAGACCCCACGCUUUCUCCUACUGCCUUUAUUCUGCGGGCCAUUCAGCAGGCGGUGGGAACUUCCCUGCAGGGGGACCUGGCGAAUGAUAAAGAUGGCUCUAGGUGUCAUGGCCUUCGAUGGAGGCGCUGCCGGAGCCCGCGGUCAGAGUCCCGUUCCCAGGAGUCAGGGGGAACUGACACGGCUGCUGUGUUGGACAUGGCCGCAGACAGCUUCCUGGCGGGGUUGGUGAGCGUCCUGGAUCCCCCAGACACCUGGGUUCCCAGCCACCUGGACCUGCAGCCUGGCGAAAGCGAGGACAUGCUGGAGCUGGUGGCUGAGGUCCGCAUCGGGGACAGGGAUCCGAUCCCACUGCCAGUGCCCAGCCUGCUGCCUCGUCUCAGGGCAUGGAGGACGGGCAAAACGGUUUCUCCUCAGUCUCAUUCUUCUCAACCCACCCGUGCCCGCCACCUCCUCACCUUGGGCACUGGAGACGGGGGCCCUGCCCCACCCCCUGCCCCCUCCUCUGCGUCCUCCUCCCCUUCUCCUUCCCCCUCAUCAUCUUCCCCCUAUGACCCCUUCCACCCCACCGAUGAGGCCUACUCCCCGCCGCCUGCACCGGAGCAGAAGUACGACCCCUUUGAGCCGACUGGCUCCAACCCCAGCUCCUCCACUGGGACCCCCUCACCUGAGGAAGAGGAGGAGGAGGAGGAGGAAGAAGAGGAGGAGGAAGAGGAGGAGGAAGGCCUGUCCCAGAGCAUCAGCCGCAUCUCUGAGACCCUGGCGGGCAUCUAUGAUGACAACAGCCUGAGCCAGGACUUCCCAGGUGAUGAGAGCCCCCGACCGGACCCCCAUGCCACCACCACGGCCACCAGCACGGCCGCCCCCGCCCCAAGCACGGCCCCUAGCGCAGGAUCCACAGCCGGUGACUCUGGGGCAGAGGACGGGCCGGCCCCCCGUGUCUCCCAGCUGCCCACGCUGCCCCCACCCCUGCCCUGGAACCUGCCCGCUGGUGUGGACUGCACUACCAGCGGCGUCCUGGCCUUGACUGCACUUCUCUUCAAGAUGGAAGAAGCCAACCUGGCGAGCAGAGCAAAGGCCCAGGAGCUGAUCCAGGCCACCAACCAGAUCCUCAGCCACCGGAAGCCACCCUCCAGUCUAGGCGUGACACCAGCUCCUGUGCCCACCUCUCUGGGCCUGCCCCCUGGCCCCUCCAGCUACCUGCUCCCCGGCAGCCUUCCCCUAGGGGGCUGCGGCUCUACCCCUCCCACCCCCACUGGGCUGGCUGCUGCAUCUGACAAGAGAGAGGGCAGUAGCAGCUCCGAGGGACGAGGGGACACAGAUAAGUACCUGAAGAAGCUGCACACACAGGAGCGGGCGGUGGAGGAGGUGAAGCUGGCCAUCAAGCCGUACUAUCAGAAGAAGGACAUCACCAAGGAGGAGUACAAGGACAUCCUGAGGAAGGCCGUCCACAAGAUCUGCCACAGCAAAAGUGGGGAGAUCAACCCCGUGAAGGUGAGCAACUUGGUGCGCGCCUACGUCCAACGCUACCGCUACUUCCGCAAGCACGGCCGCAAGCCAGGGGACCCCCCAGGACCCCCACGGCCACCCAAGGAGCCAGGGCCCCCUGACAAGGGCGGCCCUGGCCUGGGCCUGCCCCUGCCCCCUCUCUGAGACCCCCAACAACCCACUUCCUUCCUCCGCCUCUUCAGAAUUCGGGACGUAUUUAUGGCUCCACCUCUCCACUUCCCUCCCCCGUCAGUGGGAUGAUGGGA